AUCAUCAGACAAGUCAUCCCGCGGCGACAGUGGCAGAACAAUGGAUGUGAUUCUGUAACAUUGGCAACAUUGCUCGGCGAGUAUCGAAGGAGAAACUUUCCUUCUCCCAUAGCAUGUCAGCUACUUCAGCCCACAUCUAUUAUCGUAUUGCUAAGCAACAAUGGAAUGUCUGUCUCGUGUGGUCGGCAGCGUCGGCGUAAUGUUCACUACGAAUUCGUCAGUAAAUAAAACCGUCUGUUACUGCGAGACUGUUACUCAAAGAACUUUAGGACUGAUUUCAACUUGCAGAAAACUAAUCACCAGCAUAAGUUGGUGAAAGCAAGAUGUCUUGUGAGCUGUUCCGACUGAACGUCUCCGGACUGAACCUUUCAGACGAGGAUGCUGAGAGGAUGGUGUGGGAUCUGGAAAACAACGAGGCCAAGCAAAAACUGGCCGCCAUAUUGUUCAUAGGCAUCGUGUUGUUAGUCGGUUUCCUUGGCAACAUAUUAGUAUGUAUUGUAUACCAUCUAAAAUUCGCACCCAGCACGUCCAAGUACUUCAUCAUGAGUCUGGCGAUAUUUGACCUCCUAAGCUGCACCAUAGCCCUACCAGGGGAGAUAAUAGACCUGAGAUUUGACUAUCACUUCAACAUCCCAACCUUUUGUAGGGUGAUGAGAUUCACAAUCACCUUAAGUACGUGUGCGUCUGUGGUCCUCCUCGUCGCUAUAGCUGUGGAUAGAUAUCGGAAAAUAUGCCGACCAUUUGAGAACCAGAUGAGCUUAAAGGAAACAAAACUUUGGAUAGGUCUUGCUGUCGGUGUGGCCCUGUCACUUGCACUCCCGGCUAUACUGUUAUACGGACAGAAAUCGGGAACUAUUGCAGGUGUUGAAACAUCCGAUUGUUCCUUCGACAAAAAGUAUAGAGAUACUUUAUUCCCUAAAGUGUAUCUUGGAAUUACUGGCGCCCUGUGUUUGCUUUCAUUCGUCAUACUUAUCGUUUUGUAUGUUUUCAUUGUUGUAAAAGUGUGGAAACAAAGACAGAAACGGAAAAGGAUGUAUAUGCUUACUAUGAAAGGGAAUCCACCAGUGACGUCAUCCACUGCAUCAUUGGCCGAGGCAGCAAAAAAGAAGGACUGUCUUACAGUGAAAACUGUAGAAGCGGAAACGGAGCUACCUGAGAACGGUUCUGCUUUUGAUAUUCGGCUAUUGAACCCUGAAGCGAAGCAAAGGUCCAAAGUCCAGCAAAAGCAAACGAUAAAGACAACAGUGAUGUUAUUUCUGGUAACGCUGGUGUUUAUAAUAAGCUUCAUUCCUCAUUUUGCAUUGCAGAUAUUGUCCAUCCUUUCUCCAGGGUACGUGACAAAGAUUCAUUGUUCUCCAGCGGCGUUAGUGGCCUUUAAACUCUUUCUUCGUUCCUACUUCAUCAACUGCAGCUCCAACCCCAUCAUCUACAGCUUCUGCAACGAUAAGUUCAGGGCUGAAUGCAAAGCCCUUCUCAGUAAAUUGUUUUGUAUGUCAUCACGCUUCAAGGCGAACAAAUGAUUAUUUAUUUAUUUACAAACAUUUCUAUAAAUAUAUACACAGACGGAUGGAUUUGGCUAUUUGUACGUUAUGAAUGUAUCAAAACAAUUGUUGAUCAAAUAUUUUGCUCUGUCGAUGAAGCGUAUCAUUUCGGCUUAAUGUUAACAUCACAUAUUAUUUCUUUACUAAAUACUUUUAUUCGAUUAUAAAUAUGUUAUUAAAUGUUUUCGGGAUCACGCUUGUAAUCUGCAAUUUAUCAACCCGAUGCUAAUAAACUGCAGUCAUAUAUCAAAAUAACAUUAUCAGGUACUUAGUAUUAUUUUCGCGAACACCUAGUGUCAUUACUGAUUUAUCAGUGAUCCAUUCUUGCAAUGUUCGCCGCUAUUUUGUUUUUUAUGUCCAAUGGAAUCUAUUUCGGCAGAGAAUGGAGACUGAUUAUUCUCUUGUGUUUGUCGUUGUAUAUUGAUAUAAUAUUAUAAUGGUUCAUUAUAGUUCGUAUGUAUGUAGCAACAAUUAAGAUCUCUGUAUUGUAAUGACAUCAUCUUAAUCAUGUCUACAGGUGAAAGACGCCAUAUUUGCUGUGCGUCCUUUAACAUUGUCAGGAUCCGCAGGUUUCAGAUUCGUUUCCUAGAUUCGUCCUGAUUAUGAUCCUUGGUCUGACAGCAACCUUACGAUGCUCGUGGUUUCACUUUAGGCUUUCCUCCAUCAUUAAACUGGCACCUGGUUCAUUAUUCGAGCGAAACGUCGGUAGUUCGAGCCCCUGGCCGCAUCACACCAAAAGACGUGAAAAGAUUGUACUUGUUGCUACCCUGACUGGCGUUCGGCGUUAAGGAGACACGACAUGAACUUCUUGUCUCGGAGUCAGUACAAAACUCAACUCACCCACUCCUUAAAGAAAAAGAUUCAAUCUAAGCGCAACACUAUCAUUAUACACGUAAUAUUAUAUUCUUUGACAUUUUGGGAAGAUGCCGUUAUAAAGUGUCUCCAAUACACACGUAUACACGUCGUUGUUCGCAUUAUUUCCUGAUCACAAUAACAGUUUCAGCAGCUUGUUCCUUGUUCGUAAUUGAUAUGUCUGAAGUAAAUCCAAUUGUCCAUAGGCGUAACAAGUCAUGAAACAUAAAUCAUAUUUCAUACAUCAUUGAUCACCUGUAUAAUAAAAUUGGAGCAUGGUUGUGAUGCUGCUGAU